AUGCAAGUGCGAUACGCCUCCAAAGCUGCUGGUGGUAAAUCAAAGAACGGUCGAGAGUCUGCCGGUAGGAGAUUAGGUAUCAAGCGUUACGGUGAUCAAUAUGUUGUUCCCGGUAACAUCAUUCUGCGCCAGCGCGGUGCCGAGUUCCACCCAGGCCAGAACGUCGCUCUCGGCAAAGACUUUACCGUAUACGCCCUCCAACCCGGAUACGUCAAAUUCUACCAGUCCCAUCUCCCCUAUCCCCAUUUUGCCCGGGCCGACCAGCCUGCCCCAACCAACUUGCCACCGGUCAAAAACCCCAGACAGUUGAGAAAAUACGUGGGCGUUGUGGCGGACAGGGAUGAGAGGCUGCCGAGGGAUGAGAGGGCUGUCGGAAGGGAGAGGAGGUUCUGGGGAUGGCCAAAGGAGCAGGUCGCGGCAGAGGCUACGGAAGCGCAGCUCUAG